AUGACUGGACGGGUUAUCAUCGCUCUUUCGCUAGCUCUGCUGGGUAUUGCCGCCUUGGGUUCCGUCGACGCUCGAAAGGGCUAUGGAUCCGGGGAGCAGGAUUGGGGCUUUGUGGAUGUCAGGACGGGCGCCCACAUGUUCUACUGGCUCUACUACACCACCGCCAAUGUAUCGAGCUACACGGAUCGUCCUUUGGCCAUUUGGCUGCAGGGAGGACCAGGUGCCUCCUCCACGGCCUAUGGCAACUUCGAGGAGCUGGGUCCCCUGAAGCUGGACGGCAGCUACCGGGAGUGGACGUGGGUGAAGGAGAUGAACGUGAUGUUCAUCGACAACCCCGUGGGCAGUGGCUUCAGCUACGUGGACGGAACCUCCUCCUACGCGACCACCAACAAGCAGAUUGCCCUGGAUCUGGUGGAGCUGAUGAAGGGAUUCUACGCGAAUCACCCGGAGUUCAAGACCGUUCCGCUGCACAUCUUCUGCGAGAGUUACGGCGGCAAGAUGGCCCCGGAGUUCGCCCUGGAGCUGGAGUACGCCAUCCAGCGGGGAGAGAUCGAGAGCAACUUCGUUUCGGUUGCUCUGGGGGAUCCGUGGACCUCGCCCAUCGACUCGGUGCUCUCGUGGGCUCCCUUCCUGCUGCAGCUGGGAAUCGUGGACCAGGAUGGUCACGACAAGAUCGAAGCCGCGGCGCUGAAGACCAAGGACUACGUGGACCGGGAGAAGUGGACGCAGGCUACGCUGCAGUGGAGCUCCACCCAGUCGGUGGUGCUGCGCGAGUCCAAGGGAGUGGAUUUUUAUAAUGUGGAGACCCCCACCCUGGGUGAUCAGUACAAGGUGAUGGCCCGCGCUGCCAUGACUCCAGAGGAGCUCAUGUACCGCACACUGGUGAAGUUCGACGUCGACGAGGAUCGCGACCAGCUGCUGGAGGAUCUGAUGCUCGGACCCGUCACCGAGGCCCUGGGAAUCAACACUGGUGUCAAGUGGGGCGCCCAGAGUGGCACCACCUUCACCAGGCUGAUGGGCGACUUCAUGAAGCCCGCCGUGGAAAUUGUGGGUGAGCUGCUGAACAACACCACCGUAAAAGUGGGCGUCUUCUCCGGAGGCCUUGACCUGAUCUGCGCCACUCCGGGAGCCGUCAAUUGGAUAGAAAACAUGGAGUGGGAGGACAAGGCUAAGUACCAGGCUGCUUCCCGCGUGGGAAUCACCGUGGAUCGUGUUUUGGAGGGCUACGAAAAGACCUAUGGUAACUUCAGCAUGUUCUGGGUGAACCGAGCUGGUCAUAUGGUCCCUGCUGAUAAUCCCGCUGCAAUGUCGCACAUCCUGCGACACUUUACCCAGUUUGGUUAAUAUGUUAGUGAUGGUGUAAUAAUAAAACAAAGAUUAUUUUCGAAAUGUA